ACUGCAACAACCAAUGGCAAGCUGUUGGGGUCAGAGUUGAGAGGUUAAAUCCAAUAUGGCGGGUAACAAACGAGUGCUGUAUGUGGGUAAGUUGACGCUACUUUUCAUGAAAAUAUCUUUGCUAGAUUGUUUCUGUUAUCUCGAAGAGGGCAGAGAGAGGUUGUUUCAUCUUUAAAACUAGCGCUAUAAGGCCUAGAUGUGUUAAAUCUUGUUGAAAAUAUAGCAUAGAAGUCUGCAGAUAGUAAAAUUUUUUCCGGUUUAAACCAACAGGCUUCACUGAAAAGCAUCAGAACAAAGUUUAUUUACAAAUGUGAUAAUUUCUCCAGCUGUUAAAUGUUUCACAUCAAGCUGUAUGAUGCCACAUCUACUCAUCCAGCGUAAAAGCUUUAUCCUCAAAUGUUUGGGACUCCAUCAGUUCUGCCUGUUAUUCUGUGAAAAUACUUACAAAUACAUCAAGUAUGGAGCUCUACUGUCAUGAUCAAACUAUUAGUUUAUUGAUGCUGACUUUCUCUGUUUUCUCUGUGUGUUUCUCUCAGGAGGACUGGCAGAAGAGGUGGAUGAGAAGGUCUUACAUGCAGCUUUUAUUCCGUUUGGAGACAUCACAGAUAUCCAGAUACCUUUAGACUAUGAGACAGGUAUGACCGGAUACUUUCUACUGAGUGUGAUCCUAUCUGCACCGCGUUUAAUAAACAUCAAAAUAUGUGUUUAGAAUACAUACUCUAAAGAUUCAUGACAUGUUUUGUACUUCACUUCUAGAAAAACACAGAGGAUUUGCAUUCAUUGAGUUUGAGCUGGCAGAGGUAAGUACUGAUUAUUAAACUGACACGCCUAAAGGGAUAUUCCGGCGUAAAAUUAGUUUAGGGUUAAAAACACCGUAAAACCGAUUUGGGCACCCCCUCGAGAGAUGGAUGUUGCUGAUCACUUCCUUCUCUAACUAUACCAACUUUAGUAACGACAAACCUUAACUAAAACACCACUCUAUAGGCACAAAUAAUGCUCAGAAUAGCACCUAACUUCAUCAACAGUACAUAUAGGAUCCCAGCCAUAGUACCAGCCACCAAACAUCUUUUUAAUUUUGCCUAAUUUCCUUAGCAAAGAGACUAAACACAACUCACCUACUCUUUUCCAGCAGCCGCUUGUUUGUAGUGUGACCACGACCAGUCCAUCAUUGACCGAGGCUGGGUGACGCAGCCCAAGGAAAAAUGAUCAUUUCUUCAUGGAAAUGCAAUCAGAUUGAGACAGCAGAAGAACUACGGGUCUGCAGUGCAAAAUGAUUAAUGUGAUGAUUAUUACUUCAAGGAAAUGAUAAAGAAACAAUCAUAAAUGUUCUUCCUUGAGCUGUGUCACCCCGCAGUAGUCCAUAAUGGACUGGCCCGAGGUCUCACUACAAACAGUCGGCUGCUGGAAGAGAGGGGGCAAGUUGUGUUUAGUCUCUUUGCUAAGGAAAUUAAGCAAAAUUAAAAAGAUGUUUGGUGGCUGGUACUAUGGCUGGGAUCCUAUAUGUACUGUUGAUGAAGUUAGGUGCUGCUCUGAGCAUUAUUUGUGCCUAUAGAGUGGUGUUUUGGUUGAGGUUUGUCGUUACUAAAGUUGGUAUAGUUAGAGAAGCAAGUGGUCAGCAACAUUCAUCUCUCGACGGGGUGUCUAAUUGGUGUUACGGUGUGUUUGACGCUAACUUAAUUUUACAGCGGAAUAUCCCUUUUAAGACUGCGUUUGGAAACUAUCCCAACACAUUACAAACACACUUCUUUGUAUUGGUAUCCUCAUGGAUCUACAUUACAUACUUAGUUAACAUGAGUAACGUUAUAACCAUCAAAGUGAGUUCAGCUCACUAAAAGAUGUGUUCUGCAUUUUUAAGAGCAAUUUGAGGAGUUGCAAACACUUAACCUAGACUGACUGUCAUGUUCCAGACUUCACAUUUGUAUUGAAACACACUUAUUUAAAAAAACACUGAAUAAGUGUACACCAUAACAGCAAAGCAAGAGGAUGAUUGUAGAAUGUUUAACAGGAUUAUGAAUAGACAGACAUUUACCAUCUUCUCCACAGUUGAACUUGAUAGCUGUUUAUUUAAAUUAAACGUGGCUGGUACUUGAUUGAUGGUGUUUAUUGCUUCUUGUGUUCUGUAGGAUGCUGCAGCAGCUAUUGAUAACAUGGUAAGAUGAUCAUAUUGUGGAAAAUCAGUCAGAUAUAUUUUAUGUGAGUGUAAGUGUAUUCUUCAAAAGAUUACUCUUUCCCCUUAUCUUUGCCAGAAUGAGUCUGAGCUCUUUGGACGGACUAUCCGCGUCAAUACAGCAAAACCCAUGAGGAUCAAAGAAGGCUCUUCCCGACCUGGUGAUUGAUUAAAACCUUAUUUUUAAAGCCUCAGUUCUUGACAUUAGCAUAUUUUGUUGUUUGAUUUAAACUCUGAUUUUCCUUCAGUGUGGUCGGAUGAUGACUGGCUGAAGAAGUUUUCUGGUAAAACCACAGAGGAGGCCGAGGCGGAGGCAGCCGGUGGGGAAUCUACUAAUACUGCAGCACAGGAGGUGUGGCAACUUUUGUGUGUGUGUGUGUGUGUGUGUGUGUGUGUGUGUGUGUGUGUGUGUGUGUGUGUGUGUGUGUGUGUGGUACCUCUGACUCUCAACCGUGGUCCGAUGGUCACAUAGAGAUGAUUUGUUUUUUUUGCAGGCUGAGCCUCCAGCUAAAAAGGGCCGAAUUAAUCCUCAGGUCUACAUGGACAUCAAGAUUGGAAACAAGCCGGCUGGGAGACUACGUUUCCUUCUCAGAGCAGACAUCGUUCCUAUGACUGCAGGUGUGUUUACAUUAACAUUUCAUUGUAGACGCAAGUAUUAAUUACAGCACAAAUGGUUGCUACACAUUAUGAUCCUUGCUGGCUUUAAAAAAUAAAGACAGGCUACAAAUGAAAAUAUAGAAAUGAAACAACACCUCAAAUGUGUUGUGGAAAAUGGUUUGACAAACAUUGAAAUCCUUUUUUAUGCCACAUUAGAGAAUUUCCGCUGCUUAUGCACACAUGAGAAGGGCUUCGGCUUCAAGGGCAGCAGCUUCCAUCGCAUUAUUCCUCAAUUUAUGUGCCAAGGCGGUGACUUCACAAACCACAACGGUACUGGCGGCAAAUCCAUCUAUGGCAGGAAGUUUGAUGAUGAAAACUUUGUCCUCAAACACACAGCCCCAGGUGAGAAGGUUUAGGCAAAACUGUGAAAGGAAUGCUUGGAUGUGUAGUUCCUCAGUGGAUCAGCUUCAUGUGUGAUAUUUACAGGAAGAUCUCAUGAAUAACUGACCAAUUGCCAUGUGUUCCUGACUUGCAGGGCAGCUGUCCAUGGCCAAUUCUGGGCCAAACUCAAACGGCUCUCAGUUCUUCAUCACCACAGAUAAAACCGAUUGGCUGGAUGGUAAACAUGUGGUGUUUGGAGAUCUGGUUGAAGGGAUGGAUGUGCUCCGUGCAAUGGAGGUAAGAGGCGAAAGGGUUUGGGAUGCAAAACAAUUUCUACAUGUAGUUGAGUGUCAGAUGUAUGCUUUAAAAUAAAAUAAAAUGAAGGGUGCUGUCAGUGAUAACUUAAGCCUAAAAAUCUGUAUGUGCUUAAAAGGGAAUUAUUUAACAUAACUCAAAACAUGCUUUCACGAUACGGAGCAGGAACUGAUUAUAUUGCACAGAUAACUUAAUGAUUGCAUAUGGCGUGCCUGUAGCAGAAUAAAGUGAAUAAUUGAGGGGCAUACUUCAGAGGAACAUCUGACUUACAAAUGACUUUGGCUUAUCUGAUCGCAAUAACAAAAUGAAACAGAAUAUUUGGAUUGUACUUUGAAGGAUUCGUUACCUGCUGUGAUUUUCCCCGAGUAACCAAUUAAAUCUCUUCUUUACUGCAGUUCAGAGUCUUCCUUGCUCCCUGUACAUCAUACUAAAUUAUGUCCAAUCUUUAUUUUCAAACCCUCCCAUUUCAAAUGCAAUAACAUCACUGAUCAAUUAUGCUUGUCAAAAAGAUUUAGCGUGACUAGAAAAAUAAAACUUUACAUUUACAGAAAAUUGCAUGGGAAGCUUGCUUAUGGAGCUAUUCGGUGGCCAUUUUAAAUGAACUGUAGUAGUUUGUGAUAACAACAACGUAAUUAAAGAAAUGAACAAUCACUAAAAUGUCUCCAUUACAUACAGACUUAAGAAUGUCAAAAACUGUGACCUUUGUUUUAUCACAAUUAACUUUUAACAUCCACAAUGCUGCCGUCAGAAUACACAUCACAUUUUGCUGUGUACUGGUCUGUUACAGCCCAAAAGCUCCUACAAUAGACACAUCAGCAUCAGUCCACAGAGAAGAAACAUGACACUGUUGACAAAUUACCUGAAUCUCAGUGCAACUGAGUAUUUGUAGGAUUACUCAGAUCCAUGCAGGUCCCCACCUCAUAACUUGGGACGUAAGGGUCUGCUGCUGACAUACCGGUGCUAGAUACCACAGUGCACCUUUGGAGGUUUAGUGGAGUCCAUCACUCAUCAGCGAUUUUUGCCCUGGCCUUCGAAGAGGGGCCCCACACACUAUUGGGACCAUGGUGGUAGUGAUCAUAAUUCUAUGGGAAGAAUAGGCAAAUUAGAUACGAUCACCAGGAGUCAUUGAAGACACAAGUGAGGAUGUGUUUUUCUGCCAGAAUGAGCUGUACACUUGUGAUCAGAUCACCAAGGAUGCAAAUUGAAACAAGGAGUAAAAAGCAACUGUAAUUUCUAGAUUAAUACAGCUCUUAAAUGAUUUAUGCUAUGAGUAAUUGCACUUAUUGGCUUAAGAGUUAGCUAUAGUUUGGAGCCUUCUCUCAGGACAGUGAGGACGGUCAUGCUUCAUUAUGGUGAGUAAUUCUUGUUUCUCUUUCUGCAGGCUCAGGGCUCAAAGGACGGCAAGACAAAGCAGAAAGUUAUCAUCUCUGAUUGUGGAGAAUAUGUUUGAAUGAUGUUGAAGUAUGUUCUAGUUUGAGUGUGUCUCAGAGCAGGUGAAUGAUUCUGGUCUUUUUUAUACUUAAAAUACCCAUCUGUCAUGUAAAUAUUUCAAUAAACAACUGUUUUUCAACAAUGAAA